AUGCACGUGUCUGCUAUACACACCCUUCGCUCCCCUCCGCCCAAAAAUCGGCGCCGAGCAGACGACCACAGCCCCGCUAAGGCAAGUUUCUCGAAGAACGCGAUGGAACCACCCGAGCGUGGUGCACCACUCACGGCAGGCGCUCGCGGCGCGCCGCCCAUGGGCGGCGGCCCAGUGGGCCCCACGUUGCGGGGCAGCGAGAGGCUUCCGUGGGAGAGCUGUGAAAGGGCAGCUGCCGAGGGUGGCGUGCUUGGGGACGUCGGUUUGGGAAGUAUUGCCUGA